AUAUCCCGAGGGGGGCGGGGUGCAGCAGCUGCUUCCCCAGAAGCGGCAUCUACCAACGGUCUCUCUACGAGAAACUCCUGAGCUAGGUUGGGAAGCGAGGAGAUGGCGGCCGCCUGCCCUUCUCUGGCGGCGCCGGCAGCGAAGUUCGUGGUGGUCGGAGGGGGCAUCGCGGGUGUCACCUGUGCCGAGCAGUUGGCUAGUCAUUUUCCAUCAGAAGAAGUUCUCUUGGUAACAGCUUCUCCUGUUAUUAAAGCAGUUACAAAUUUUAGGCAAGUUUCCAAAACAUUGGAAGAAUUUGAUGUUGAAGAACAACCAAAUGCUAUUUUAGAAAAACACUUCCCAAACAUUAAGGUUUUAGAGUCUGGAGUAAAGCAGCUCAAGGGGACAGAGCAUUGCAUUUUAACAGAAGAUGGCAAUCAAUAUAAAUAUGAGAAACUCUGUCUGUGUGCUGGAGCUAAACCAAAGUUAAUAUCUGAAGGAAAUCCAUAUGUAUUAGGAAUCCGUGAUACAGACAGUGCUCAGGAAUUUCAAAAAGAACUCACUAAAGCUAAAAGAAUAACAAUUGUUGGGAAUGGGGGCAUUGCACUUGAGUUAGUGUAUGAAAUUGAAGGUUGUGAAGUGAUUUGGGCUAUUAAAGACAAGGCAAUUGGUAAUGCUUUCUUUGAUGCUGGAGCAGCAGAAUUCCUGACCUCAGAGCUCACUUCUAAAAAAUCUGAAGCUAAAAUUAUGUGUAAAAGAACCAGAUACACAAUAGAGGAAAGUGAAAAGGAAGCAAGUGCCUUAGCUAAUGCUGGUAAUCUCGGCAGCGCCUUGGGACCUGAUUGGCAUGAAGGUCUGAAUCUCAAAGGGACAAAAGAGUUUUCCCACAAAGUUCACAUUGAAACCAUGUGUGAAGUUAAAAAAAUUUAUCAUCAGGAAGAAUUUAAGCAACUGAAGAAAACCUCCUUGACUUUUCCUAGAGAUUUUCAGGAUAUAUCAGCUGAUAAAGAUACGUGGCCUGUGUAUGUCGAAUUGACCAAUGAGAAGAUAUAUGGCUGUGAUUUUAUUGUCAGUGCAACUGGGGUCAUGCCAAAUGUUAAGCCUUUCCUCGAUGGCAACAAUUUUAUGCUAGGUGAAGAUGGUGGCCUGAAAGUAGAUGACCAUAUGCGUACAUCACUUCCCAAUAUCUAUGCUGCAGGUGAUAUCUGUACUGCAUCAUGGCAACCUAGUCCAGUCUGGCAGCAGAUGAGGCUGUGGACUCAAGCUAGACAGAUGGGGAACUAUGCAGCAAAGUGCAUGGCUGCAGAUACUCUGGGAGACUCUAUUGACAUGGAUUUCAGUUUUGAACUUUUUGCUCAUGUAACAAAAUUUUUUAACUAUAAGGUUGUACUGUUGGGAAAAUACAAUGCUCAAGGCUUAGGUUUAGAUCAUGAAUUAAUGCUGAGAUGUACCAAAGGACAAGAAUAUGUUAAAGUGGUCAUGCAAAAUGGACGGAUGAUGGGAGCCAUUCUAAUUGGUGAAACAGACUUGGAAGAAACAUUUGAAAAUUUGAUUUUAAACCAGAUGAACCUUUCAGCAUAUGGAGAGGAUUUGCUAGAUCCAAAUAUUGAUAUAGAAGAUUAUUUCGACUAAAAAAUAUUUACUUUAAGCCACUGGAAAUAAGAAUUUCAUGUCAAAACAGAAAGUUGAAUCAUUGUAGCAACUUAGAUGAUAAACAUCAUGCUGAAGUUAAAAUAUGCAAGUGUCUUAAUGAUGAAUAUUUUUAUGGAAAAAUGUGAAAUUCAUUUAAAAUAUAAGCGUACCCAGCUAAUUUUUGUGUUUUAAUACUGUAUUAUUACUGAUCAACUCGAACACGUAACUAUAGUUUGGAAGUAUGUGCUUUACAUUUCACAAAAUCUUAGGAUCCCUUAAAGAAAGAACCCUAGAGGCAAUCUAGGCAAAUCUCUACCUAAACAAGACUCUCCCCUCUGCAUUCAUACUCAACAACUAGUUAUCUAGCCUUGGCGUGAAGACUUCAGGUAAGGGUAUGUGUCAUUUGAAAAUAUAUGGGGGUGCCCAUCUAAUGUUUUAGGCUUUAGGGAACUUAGCUGGGGUUUCUAAUAUAU